AUGGCUUCUCUAAAGCAAACCCUCCUAGCAGCCCUGGCAACAACAUCCUCACUAAGUAAGGGCCACUACCAUUCACGACCAGACCUCAUCCCACCUCAACUAAACAUCACAAUCCCCGCUGCAAACCACAAUGGGUCCGAAUAUGUCUUCAUCGCCCCAUAUUCCUUUGGCGGGGGCCUCGAACGGCCCGGUCCAUACAUCUAUCGCAAAGACGGCGACUUAGUGUGGGCUGGCACAGGGUACUACGCCGGGUUCGUAGCUAAUUUCCAUGUCACCACAUAUCAGGGGAAAUCUGUUCUUCAGGCAUUCCAGGGUAGUAUUGAUGGGGCCCAUGGUGAAGGGUUUGGGCAGCAUGUCCUGCUCGAUCAGAGUUAUCAGCAUGUUGUCACCUCGACUGCCGCGAAUCAUCGUGUUUCGUCGAUUCAUGAGUUUAAUGUUAUCGGUGGAGAGACGGCUUUGAUUGAGGUCUUUUAUACGACCCCGGCAAAUUUAUCGGCGUAUGGUGGGAAUUCUUCGCAGCAGUGGUUGGGGAAUGGGAUCUUUCAAGAAAAUGAUAUUGCCACUGGAGAGUUGAUCUUUGAGUGGAAUGCUUUGGAACACGUUGACCCGUCUGAAAGUCUAGUGGCGCUGGGUUCCACAGACGCCAAUAGCGGAUUGUCUUCUGCCCAGGCAUGGGAUUACUUCCACAUUAACAGCAUCGACAAAAACGAAGAAGGAGACUACCUGCUCUCGUCCCGACACACGAGCACGAUCUUCAAGAUAAAUGGCACAGACGGCUCAAUCAUCUGGCGGCUCGGCGGCAAGUACCCCAGCUUUUUACAAACCGGCAACUGGACCUUUGGCUUUCAACACCAUGCCCGCUGGCAUCCACAGCUCAGCCAGCCCGGAACGGAGGUAAUCUCGUUCUUCGACAACUCCGGCGACGGCACUAUCACAUACAACAAUGUGUCCCGGGCAUUAGUUGUUCAGUUAAACCACACAGAUAGCACGGCGACAGUUCUCCGAAAGGCAGCAGCACCGUAUGACCUCCAGGCACAAUCCCAGGGAAACACGCAGCUGCUUUCUGACGACCGAAUCUUUGUCAACUGGGGAUCGGAGGGUGCGUUCACCGAAUUUGAUGCUGAUAAUGAGGUUCUGUACCAUGCUUUUAUCCAAACGGGGUCGGUCAGCUACCGCGGUUUCUUGUCGAACUGGACUGGUACACCGAAGGAAAGUCCUGCACUGGUUGCGCUGAAAACAGCGUCUAAUCUUGUCGAGCUUUAUGUGUCUUGGAAUGGGGAUACCGAGACUUCGGCUUGGAGAUUCUUUUACGUCGACGGGAAGGAGAAGACUCAAGUUGGUCAGGUGAAAAGGGAUUCGUUCGAGACAGCUUUCACUUGGAAGUCGACUUUUGCAUUGUCUUCCUCUGCUAGAUUUGUUGCUGAGGCUGUUGGCGCGAAUGGGGAGUCUCUUGCGCAGACCAAUUUGACUGCUACCGCUGCCAGCAUUAAGUUGCUGGAGUGA